UUCCUCGGAGCAGUCAGCCCAGGCAGGAGUCAGUCCGUGUGAUGUGUUUCUAACCGAGUAGGAGGUUGUUGGUGGUGUUGAUGAUGAUGAUGCUGCUGCUGCGUUCUCAGCCCGUAGAUCGUACGGGGCGAUGAUGAUGAUGAUGCAGAAGGCUUGGUGGGCCAGCCAUCUCUAUUCACUCAUUUUCAUUGUAUGCGUUGUUGUUGUUGUUGUUGCUGCUGCUGAUGCUAUUAUUGCUGCUACUGAGAGUGGAGUUGACAUCGUAUGCAGCAGCAGCAGUAUACAUUACGAGCGUUUGAUGUUUUAAGCAGGCAGGCCAAACAGGCGUUCUGGUCUGGUCGCGUUUAGUCAAACAGUGGUUGGUUGGUGGUGGUGCUGAUGGUGGUGGUUGUUGUUGUAACGAUGACUUCGCUGUAAUUGCUAACGCUGAGAGAUGGUGACAUAAUUGCCCGCACGGCGGCAUUCGUCCACGAGCAAAUAUAUAUACGGCGUAGAAAAAAAACCCAUCAGCUCUAUAUAUGCAGCACUGUGGUACAGCAGCAACAAGAAAACACCACGGCCGUUAGCGAAAGCUUGCGUCGCUUAAUGUUUUAGAUUUUUUAUUUUCAAUCACCAAAAGAGAGGAAGAAAGCAAGCAAGCAAGCAGGGAGAGGAAGUCAAAGUGGAUCGCCGAUGUCGUAUUCGCCCAGCUGAGUGUUGGUGCUGCUGCUGCUGCUACGUGAACGAGCGCCCACCUCGUUCCGCCGAACUCCCAGCUCGGCUACACGGGAGAUGCGUUCCAGCGUCAUCACGACCACACCACCACCACUGGCUUGACAUACGUGACCCGCGACGCGCCAACGCAGAGUGGAAUUCAUCGGCAGCAGCAGCAGCAACAGCAGCGCCGUCCGUUUGCCGCAGUGAGACGAUCGCGCCCGGAUGGUGCAAUCGCUUCUUCCUCCGCGCUCACAUCGUCCUGACUCUCGCCCUCUCUCAUGUGCGCUCGCUUCUCUCAAUUCUAGCGCACCUCCAAUUCUCUGGCUGUUGCGGUGUUGCCGUUCUUUCCAUCUCUCUCGCUCGCUCGCUCUCCACAUCCAUCCCACAGCUCGGACUCUCACAUUUCUCGCUCGCCGGCUCGUUCUACCGGCUCUUCUCCAACGCUCCGCUCACCACCAGCUCGCUCGCUCACUCUGUCUCUCUCUCUCGGCUGCUUGUUUAUAUUCUCGCUCGCCAGCGCUCCUCUCUGUAAUUAUCGCGAUCCGGAUACCUAUCACUCUCCAGUUCUCUCGCUCUUAUCAUUCAAGUUGAUAUUUCUCGACUCGCACCACGCACGCACGCACGAUUCAUCCCGGAGGAAGGCCGUUCCGGAAGAACCCAGCAUCAUUCAAUAGCGGUCACAUUACUAACAUCAUUAUUAUUAUUAAGCCAUCGGCAGCAGAAGAAAUUAUCUCGGCGAUCGCAACAGCAAAACCGAGGCCGUUGUUUGAGAGACGAGAGGAGAGAAAAGGAGUUCCCAACGAAGAAGUGCAAUUGAAGAGGCGACGGCGACGACGGUGAUGUGUGGCUGCGCCCAGUGAAGGAGCGUCACGCGCGUGGGAUGCUAUUGCCAUCGUCUCGAGAUCUUCCUACAAGCCCGGCCCACCGUCUCGACAGCUAAAAAGACUGGACGUGACUUUCAAUCCCGGAAGACCUUCACAUCUUUCGCUCGUUAGAAAAUAAAAAUAAACAAGCAACAGAGGUACCCACGCCAACUCCGCAACCCACACCGCCGCCACAACCAACACCACCACCGCAACCACCGCCACCACCGCCACCACCGCCACCACCGCCACCACCGCCCACCGCGAGACAACUCCGCCACGGACAUGGAGAAGCGGAAGGCGGCUCCGGGCGCGUGGGCGCCACCCUGGCAGCUGCUGCCAUCGCUGGCGCUCCGCGCGCUGCUGCUGCCGCUGCUUCUGCCGCCGCCGCCGCCCUUGGGCCCCGCCGUCUUUCGCGCCGCCGCCGACUCCGCCGACUCCGGCGCCGGCCUCCGCUCCUGCCCGUCGGUGUGCGUGUGCGCGGCCGACAUCAUCGCGUGCGCCGGCGCCAACCUGACGGCGCCACCGCCGAACCUGCCGGCGUUCGGCACGGCCCUCGACCUGGGCCACAACGCCAUCGCGAGGCUGGGCCCCUCGGCGUGGGCCCGCAACGCGAGCCGGCUGGUCGCCUUGCGCCUCCGUGGCAACCGCCUCUCGGCGCUGGAGCCCGGCGCCUUCGAGGGCAUGCCGGCGCUCGCCGUGCUCGACCUCUCCUCCAACCGGCUGAGCGCCGUCAACGGCUCGGCGCUCCGCGGCCUGGCCAGGCUGCGCGAGCUGCUGCUGUACGACAACCGCAUCGCGCGCUUCGACGGCACGGCCGUGGCGGGCCUGGCGAGCCUGCGCAAGCUCUACCUGGGCUGGAACCUCGUGGAGGAGUUCCCCUUCGGGCUGCUCGCUCGCGGCCAACCGCUGCAGGACCUCGAGCUGCUGGACGUCUCGGCCAACCGGCUGAGCUCUCUGCCCGCGGGCGAGCUGGACGCGCUGUCGCCCGAGAUCAAGGACGGCCUCUACCUGCACGGCAACCCCUUCCGCUGCGAGUGCGAGACCUUCAUCCUGCUGCAGCUGUGGCUCAAGUGGCGCUUCAGGCCCGUGGUGGAGUACACCGACGACUUCUCCUGCUCGUACGGACCGCCGCCGUCGACGGCGUCCGACGGAGGCGACGGCGAUGGCGACGGCGGCGGCGGCGGCACGGUCAGCGCCUGGCGCGCCGACUGGGACCGCAUGAACUGCUCGUCGGCGCUCGGCGACAGCACGCGCCUGCCCGCAGUGCACGCCGAGGCGGAGGACAACGUCACGGUGGACUGCGGCGGCCGGCGCCUGGCCCGCGAGGGCGGCGGCGCGCGCUACAUGUGGCUGACGCCCGGCGGCGCCGCGCUGGUGCCCGGCGACGAGCGGGACGGCGCCAACGCGAGCGUGCGCACGCCGCACGGCUCGCGCCUGCUCGUGCACCCCAACGGCAGCCUGAGCAUCGCCCAGGCGCAGCCCAACGACACGGGGGCGUACUCGUGCGUGGUGACGGACGGCGCGCUGGCGCUCAACGAGACGGUCGAGGUGAACGUGACCGUGUCCGAGGCGGAGGAGGACCACCCCUUCAACACGGCGUUCACCACGCUGGCGGCGUGCGUCAUCAGCGUCGUGCUGGUGCUCGCGUACCUCUACCUCACGCCGUGCCGCUGCCUCUGCCGCCCGGCCGAGGAGCUCGACGCCGUGGCGGGAGACGACGACGACGGCGCCGGCGGCGGCGGCGCCGGCGGAGGAGGCGGCGGAGGAGGCAGCGGCGGCGGCGGCGGCAACGGCGACGAGUCGACGUCCAACUCGAACUCGCGGCAGAGGAACGACAGCAGCGCGCAGUACUCGAGCCUCAGUGUCACGCCGCAGCACCGCGACGACCCGCUCCCCGGCGGAGGGGGGGCGCCCGGCCGCCACAAGUUCGGCCACAACGGCAGCGGCGGGGGCGGCGGCAGCGGCAAACACGUGGUGUUUGCCGAGCACGGCAAAAAGGAGCCGCUCUCCGUCGUCAUCGGCGGCGUCGUGUCGGCGUCGCCGGCCGAAAACCACGGCAAGGGACGCGGCAAAUCGCUGGUCGGUGGCGGCGGCGGCGGAGGAGGAGUGGAGCACCGGGCACUGGAGGAGCGGCUCAUCAAAAUCCAGAGGGUCAAGUCCGACUCGGAUUCCAUCUGCUCCGUGUUUUCGGAUACACCCAUCAUGCCGUGACGCCACGGAGGGGAGCCGCGGCGGGCGUGGGGAGGAGGAGGAGGUGGAGCGUGCGGAGGAGUGCGGAGGAGUGCGGAGGAGGAGGAGGAGGUGUGGACCGCUCUUCGUCAUCGUCGUCACGUUUGGACUUGGGCUCGAGCCUGAACUCGGGAAAGGAAAAGUCGUUGGGAAUGUUGCGGACGCGCAGCGGGAUUGGAGAUCGAAUCCGACGCUGGUGCUUGUAAAUAUUGUGUAAUUAUAUACAUACGCACACACACACACACAUAUAUCUGAGUGCAAUAGACAAAAGCGUAUGUGUGUCCAUGCUCUUAUUUUUUUGUUAGCUUACGAACGUGUAAGCCUGUAUCCCGUCUUUGUUUUUGAAGUUAUGAAUGCAGAAGUCUACAUCGCCCGGAGACGUCUCAGGAUGGCACUUAAAUUUAAAACACAUCAGCCUGUAAUGAACCAAAUGCAUUCCCGUGAACGCAAACAGCCCUAGACGGUUGCCGCAAUUGCACGCUGACUUGACCGCGGCGAUUCUAUUGUUAUUUCGUCACUUUACGUUAUUUCCUGCUAAAAUAUACCGGAUGUGCCGGUUGGUGGAUCACGCAGAGAUUGUGCCCGCAUGAGACACCCCCCCCCCCACCGCCCCUCGUGUAAAAGACAGUACAGCAAGUAGACACGUGACCCAUCUGCGCAGCGUUAGAUCGCUCUUCUCUCCGGGUCCCCGCAGAUACCUCGCUCGUAAAAAAAACACGCAGAAAAAAAAAUGGGCGUGGGAAAGAAAAACCAUGCACACGUGUUGGCGAUCCCGUAACGCUAACCCAAACGCGCGUUUGUUCUCGGUGGCCUUCUAAUCGGCGACGUUUAACGCGUUUCAAAGCCGCAUGGAGAACGACGCCGCGUGGCGCCCCACGUGAGCGCGGACGCUUUGGAGAGAAGCGCAUUGGAACAAACCUGGCCGGGUUUCUGUCGAUCAAGUCCCUGAGCAGCGGGCCACACUCUUGCGCCCGAGCUUCGUUCGUGAUAAAUCGUCUGCACGGGAGUUUCCGUCGCGGCGACCCUUGGCGGACGAACGCAACGAAGGGGCACGGAUGGCGCACUCAUGCUUUCCGGGCCUCGCGCCAAGCUUGCGAUCGGGCUCAAAAUAUCUAAACAACAACAACAACAACAAAAAACGCGACUCUCUCGACCAUCGAAGGCCCCGGACUUCAGGCGAGGGGGAAAUGUGCGCGCUUGAGAAAUUCCCAAAAUGUGGAGCGGAGAGCCGCCCUUUUUUGGGUAGAAGCGGCGUGAACGCCAAAACCCGCGCGCGACAAACGCUGAUGCUCAAGAGGCUGCGCACGGAACUCGUCGCCUCGCUUCCCUAGGCAGGGCGGGGCGGAGGGGGGAAUAUGAACAGAUAAUUUUGCUCGUCGCCGCGAGCCACUGGCACCUCGCUCGUAUCAAGUUCCGUCCUUCCUCGGCCUCGUUCGAUGCGUUCGCAGGCAACGGCGGCCGCCUCGAGUGGCCCGCUGGCUCCAGAUCAUCGGGUUCUAAUCCCGGUUUUAGGAGGUGAACCUCGUUCCCGAGUGGCGGUGAGUUGGCGGUCGAAGCUCCGGUCACCAAUGACUGAACACAGGCAGCAACGACAAAAUCCACGUCGCGUCGAUUAUUACACUGGUCAACACACUUUUUCUGGAAUAAGGUAUUCCAACUGUUUUAAUGUUAUUUUGGGGCUCUGAUUCCAAAUCUGGCAGGUUUUUGAGAUAUCAAAUAUUGCAUUUUCAAUAAAAACUGCAGAAGAAAAAUAUUAAAUAAAUGUGGAUGUCUACAUAAAAUGAUAUUAUAAACACACUAUCCUAGAAAUACAGCACCAUAUUUUCACACCAAAGUAGUCACUGACUCGCAACAACUUGCAAUCAUAAGUGACAGAGUUAAUUUUGGGUAAAAUCAAUGAAAAUGGGGUAUGCCGAUAGCAUAAAAAUGAGAUGUGAUAGAGCAAAUCUGAGAUCAGAUUUAGAAUCGGCACCCUGAAAUUAGUCUAAAACAGCUGCAAAAGUCCAGGCCAGAAAAAAAUGUUUUUUUUUUGUUGACCAGUGUCAUGGUUCCGCGCUCGCUUUGGCUAAGUUCCAGCGCUCGGUGAUAAUAUUGCUCUUGGUGGCAGAGUGUACGGGGAAGCUCUGCGCACGACUGUGUUGACCACACGAAGGGUCACUUGAAGGUAGCUCUGUGUUAUCCGCUUCCCGUGGGACGCUGUCCGACUGCCGCGCGAGACUUCCCGGGCGGAUCCUUCAUCUCACGGCGCGAGGGCGACGGGGCAAU